AGGGGCUGUCCUGGAGGUAGGAAGCUGGAGGAAAACACUUUCCGGGAAAAGCAGCUUUAUAAAAAAAUUUUAAAAAAAAUCAAACAAACAAAACUUAAUUUGAGGCAAAGUCAGCGAAGAGGUUUUAAGUAAAAAAAAAAAAAUUUGACUUGUGGUUCUUAAAAUGUAGCUGUAAUGUCCCUUGUGACCACAGAAAUUAAAGUCAAAUUUAGCUAAUGUUUCAAAAUAACUACCCAAAUAAGGGUCGAGAGGUGUUACCAAGGUGGCUGCCAAGUGACGAGACUUGCUAAACAUUAUUAGCAUAUGAAACAAUGGUUUAGUCACACAGCUAGCUGAUAAAAUGCCACAUAUUUGUAAAAAAUAUGAGCUUCAACUCGUUUAAUUCAGAGGAAAAACAUAACAAAUUAAAACAGCGGUAACAGGCUAGUCAUUCUGUGGAAAAACUCGAAGUUAGUUAAAUUUUAAAUUCCAUUUUGUGCCAGUCUUUAUUUUAUUUUAUACAACCGCUGCCCCAGUGAUAUUAACCAUAGUCCCGCCGCUGAACCAUAGCGCCAGGCUGUAAGACCGGUUUUCGUGGUUGGGCGGUGACAGUUUACCCACGUGAUGCGGAAAUUUAGCAAAAAAAAUCAUCACCCUCGAAAUGAACUGAACUUCACAGCGAGCUCAUUGCAAACUGGGGGCAAAGUUAAUCUGCGAGAAGGGCGGAUUAUCUUGGCAUACAUAGAAAAGCGGAGCUGGACACACUGAGGUUCCUGCAGGUCUUUAGCCUGAUGAGGAUCAUCACAGUUCACGGACCCCCUUCCAUUUGGAGAGGAGCCUCCCCCUUGGUGUGCAGCAACUAUUGGCCUCCUCAGUAAAUCAUUAAACACAUCAGUCUGAGGACUGCUUUCAUGAACUCAUCAGAUGGAUAAACAGCUCUGAGAAAAUAACACUUGAUUAAAACUGAAGGGCUUCUGCCUAAAGGACACAGCACAUCACAGUCAGGAGUUAGUGUCACAACCUGAUGGUUUACUUCUCCGACCCCUGCUGUGAGGCUGGCCUGCAGCACAGGGUAGCAACCAUGAUUCAAUCAGCUUCGGGGUGUAGAAGUUGACCAUUAACCUCCGGCACUGAUUGCAAACACUUCUAUGCUUGUAAGCAGCUGGCUCUGUACAGUGGAUCCUGAAGCAAAGUUCACUGCUACGGGCUGCAAAAGGCAGAAGCUCGCUGCCGUCUCUGGACUGUGAGCUGCUUUCUGAGUGUUUUAGGACUAAGCUGCAACCAUGGCCAGGUCAGGCUAUGGAUACUACAGAGGCACGAUAUUUCUGGCCAUGUUUGUGGGCUACACACUGUACUACUUCAACAGAAAGACGUUCUCCUUUGUGAUGCCUUCCGUAAUGCAAGAGAUUAAGCUGGAUAAGGAUGAUCUGGGUAUGAUCACCAGCAGUCAGUCUUUGGCCUACGCUAUCAGUAAGUUCAUCAGUGGUGUCCUCUCAGACCAAAUCAGUGCCCGCUGGCUCUUCUCCAUUGGCCUGUUCAUGGUGGGAGGCAUCAAUGUGAUCUUCUCUUGGUCCUCCACUGUCACCGUCUUCUCUGCCCUGUGGUUUUUCAACGGCCUGGGCCAAGGCCUGGGCUGGCCUCCCUGUGGCAGGGUGCUGCGCAAGUGGUUCGAGCCCUCUCAGUUCGGGACUUGGUGGGCAGUUCUCUCCUGCAGCAUGAAUCUGGCUGGCAGCUUGGGCCCCAUUAUUGCCACCGUGCUGUCACAGAGUUACAGCUGGAGGGCGAUACUGUCCGGCUCUGGAGUAAUUUGUCUCGCAGCCUCCUUUGUUUGCCUGCUGGUAAUCAAGAACGAGCCCAAGGAUGUGGGGCUGCCCAACAUGGAGGUGGCAGCCAAGAAGAGCAAAGAUGGAUCCUCAAGCAAUGAAAGCACCCUGUCUGAGUUUCUCCUGUCACCGUACCUGUGGCUGCUGUCCUUCUCCUACCUGGUGGUGUUUGGGGUGAAGACCGCCUGCACCGACUGGGGCCAGCUGUUUCUCAUUCAGGACAAGGGCCAGUCUACACUCACGGGUAGCUCAUACAUGAGUGCCCUGGAGGUUGGAGGCCUGGUGGGCAGUCUGGCAGCAGGUUACCUCUCUGACAAGGCUGUUGCCAAACAAGGGCUGAGAAUCUACGGUAAUCCCCGCCACUUCAUCCUGAUCUGCAUGAUGGCUGGAAUGUCUGUGUCCAUGUACCUGUUCAGAGUCACCAUUACUCCUGACAGCUCAAAGGUUUGGAUACUCAGCUUGGGCGCUGCCUUUGGUUUCUCCUCUUAUGGACCAAUAGCUUUGUUUGGAGUUAUAGCCAAUGAGAGCGCCCCAUCCAACUACUGUGGGACAUCACAUGCUAUUGUUGCCCUGAUGGCCAACAUUGGUGGCUUCCUUUCUGGACUUCCGUUCAGCACCAUUGCCAAGCAUCACGGCUGGGAAACGGCCUUCUGGGUAGCAGAGAUCACCUGCCUUGUCACCACUAUCGGAUUCUUCCUGCUGCGCAACAUCCAAACCAAGAUGGGAUACGUGCCCAAGAAGGCGGAUUGAUCUCAUUAGACCUCAUCUUCUGCAAGCCAGCCGUUUUCGCUUGUUCUUUUUUUUUGUUUUGUACUUAGUCAUAUAUGAAGUAAACUUAAAGUUCAGUAGAAAUUAAAGUUUUUCCUCAAAAUAAAAAAAACUUGUGCAAA